CGGCGUUAUCUAACCUGUAUAUCUUAAAUCGUGGUCCUAUCCAUUCUUAUAUUAUCUAUGUGCUUUUUACGUUAACUUAUAAGCUUUUUGAUUGUUAUCUACUUGAAUACUUGAUAGUUGAUUACUAUUUGUAGCCUGCAUAUAGGUAUCUCACUCUAUUUGUCAGUAAUGUUGUCUAUCUGUAAUUACUCAAUGAAGUAUUAAAGUAAUAGGUACCUAUUAUAUUAUUUAAAAGUUGUACAACACAUAGGUACUAUAAAAAAUAUAUAUAGUCAAUAACUCAAUUAUUACUAUCGUAAAAAUCCAUUGAUAGUUGAUAAUUGUAUAUACCUAUUAUAAUUAUAUACCUAGUUAUUCGUUUUAUAAAAUGGCCAGUUUUAAUAAUCCCGAAGAGAUUAUUUACCAUUAUAAGAUAAUACUAAAUAAAACAAAAAAAAAAUUAUUUAGAAAGUUAAAUACACUGGAGCCUAGUGACCAAUUCGCUAAACUAGCAAAUUUUUGUCAAAAGAAUGAUAAACAUGAUUAUGCUGCAUUAUGCUGGCAAGCUGUGGCUAAAUGUGAAGAGUCGAUGGGUCACGACUGUGAACAAGCUCUUGCUCAUCAGAAAGCAGCCCGCCAGUUUUUUUCAGAAUUUAAGAAGACUGAAUCAUCUGGUUUAAUAUCUCCUUAUAAUGAAAAUUUACAAGUAAGAUAUUUACACAUGAGAUUAAAGUUCUUAUCUAAUUAAAUAGUUAAAUUAUUUAUAGA